GUCUUCUUCGGUUUUUACAGUGACCGCAACUCUGCAGGUGUGGCAGUUCUUUUUACAGAUCGCCGGAGGUUAGAUCUGGGAAUGGCUUACAUGUGCACUGAUAGUGGCAAUCUAAUGGCUAUUGCUCAACAAGUCAUCAAACAGAAGCAGCAACAAGAACAACAACAGCAACAACAUCAUCAUCAUCAUCAUCAAGACCAUCAGCUUUUUGGUAUCAACCCUUUGUCUCUUAACCCAUGGCCCAACACCUCCCUCGGUUUUGGCCUUUCCGGUUCCGCUUUUCCCGACCCCUUUCAAGUUACCGGCGGCGGAGAUUCCAACGAUCCUGCCUUUCCUUUUCCUAACUUAGACCACCACCACGCCACAUCCACCGGCGGUGGGUUUAGGCUAUCUGAUUUCGGCGGUGGAACCGGCGGUGGUGAGUUUGAGUCCGACGAGUGGAUGGAGACUCUUAUUAGCGGUGGAGACUCCGUUGCAGACGCUCCUGACUGUGACACGUGGCAUAAUAAUCCCGAUUACGUAAUCUACGGUCCUGAUCCAUUCGACACUUACCCGAGUCGACUCAGUGUCCAACCGUCAGAUCUAAACCGAGUCAUCGACACGUCGAGUCCACUUCCUCAUCCUCCGCCGACCUUGUGGCCUCCUUCUUCCCCAUUAUCGAUUCCUCCGCUUCCUCAUGACUCACCAACCAAAGAAGACCCGGAGACUAACGACUCCGAAGACGAUGACUUUGACCUAGAACCACCUCUCCUCAAAGCUAUCUACGACUGUGCACGGAUCUCAGACUCUGACCCUAACGAAGCUUCAAAGACACUUGUUCAGAUCCGAGAAUCUGUAUCGGAGCUAGGUGAUCCGACGGAGCGAGUUGGAUUUUACUUCACGGAAGCUCUCUCCAACAGAUUAUCUCCUGAUUCGCUGGCGACGUCGUCGUCUUCGUCUACGGAGGAUUUAAUCUUAUCUUAUAAAACCCUAAACGACGCAUGUCCUUACUCCAAAUUCGCACAUUUGACGGCGAAUCAAGCGAUUCUAGAAGCAACGGAGAAUUCAAACAAGAUUCACAUCGUCGAUUUUGGAAUCGUUCAAGGUAUUCAAUGGCCUGCUCUUCUUCAAGCUCUAGCUACUCGUUCUUCUGGUAAACCCACUCAAAUCCGGGUCUCGGGUAUACCCGCUCCAUCUCUCGGUGAAUCUCCGGAACCGUCGUUAAUCGCCACCGGAAACCGCCUCCGUGAUUUCGCCAAGGUUCUGGAUCUGAAUUUCGAUUUCAUACCAAUUCUCACUCCCAUACAUUUACUAAACGGGUCAAGUUUCCGGGUCGACCCGGAUGAAGUACUAGCCGUGAAUUUCAUGCUUCAGCUCUACAAAUUACUCGACGAGACGCCGACCAUCGUUGACACAGCACUACGGCUCGCCAAAUCGUUAAACCCGAGCGUCGUCACUCUCGGAGAAUACGAAGUGAGCUUAAACCGGGUCGGUUUCGCUAACCGGGUGAAAAACGCUCUUCAAUUCUAUUCCGCGGUUUUCGAAUCUCUUGAAGCGAACUUGGGGCGUGAUUCGGAGGAGAGAGUGAGAGUUGAGCGAGAAUUGUUCGGCCGGAGAAUCUCGGGUUUGAUUGGACCGGAGAAAACCGGAAUCCAUAGAGAAAGAAUGGAAGAGAAAGAGCAAUGGCGGGUAUUAAUGGAGAAUGCCGGUUUUGAAUCGGUUAAGCUGAGUAAUUACGCAGUGAGCCAAGCCAAGAUUCUUUUGUGGAAUUACAAUUACAGCAAUUUGUAUUCAAUUGUUGAAUCUAAGCCUGGCUUCAUCUCUUUGGCCUGGAACGAUUUACCUCUCCUCACUCUUUCUUCUUGGCGAUAACCGAACCGAUUCGGUAUUCUUAGUUUUGUUUUGUUUCCAAUGUUAUUUUUGGUUUGACAAAUAUUUAAUUGUUAAUAUACUCCAUGGUUUGCUCAUAGUGGUAGGUUUUGAAUUCUCUGAACCUUAUAUGUUUUUUGGUAACAUCUUUGGAUUUGUUAAAAAGGUUUAAACACUGCUCUUAGUCUUGUUGUUUUUCUCUUUAGAUAAUUUAAACUGGUUUGCGUUUUUUCUUUGUUGGAUAAGUGACCGGUUCUGGUCAUUUGUUUAAAGAUGUAAUUACUAUUUCAUAAGAUUAGGAAGGUGAAAGCCAAUAAUAUUUGUAACUACUC